CCCCGAGGGGCCCGCGCGGCCGCCCCGAGCCCGGGUCCAGCCCUCUCCCCGCAGAGGCGCGAUUGACCUUCCGGUCCCGAAGAGCUGGCCUGACAUCUUCUGGCUCCCGCUCUGCAAGUUCUUGCUUUUCCAAACCUAGAGGGCAGUGCAUGAAGCCUUGGGCCAUCAACCAUGCUCCAGACUGUGUUGUCCCAGGGCUUGAGGAGGAGCCUGUUGUUUCAGAAGCCAGUGACCUUUGAGGACGUGGCCGUGUACUUCACCCAAAAUGAAUGGGCCAGCCUGGACCCUGCGCAGAGGGUCUUGUACAGGGAGGUGAUGCUGGAGAAUUAUGCAAAUGUGGCUUCCCUGGGACUCCCCUCUUCCCUGAUUCUUGGUGGGGACUUUACUGUGAGGGGCUUUGCUCUGGGUACAGAGAGAUCUGAGAAGGUUCCUGGUGCCCCACUUUCAUUCCUUCAGUCUUUCAUUUCCCUGGAGGAGACCUUGGCCCCACCUCUAUGUCAGCAUUUCCAUUCCCCAAACCAGAUCUGAUAUUCCAGCUGGAACAAGGGGAAGCACCAAGGGGCCUGGAUCCCUGGACAUGUGUCGGGGGAGAAUCCCUGAAAGACAUGUGUGCAGGUGGUAAAACCAAAACUAAGAAUGAGGAAAGAACUCCAAACCUGAACAUUUCUGAAGAAUCAGAGUCUCACAGACUAAUAGUGGAGAGGUUGCUGAUGGACAUUCCCCAGCACCCUCACUUCAAGGACAGUUUAGAGAAAUUGCAACUGUAUGAGACAGGGAAGAAAACAAACUCAAAGAAAGCAGAUUGCACAGAUUUGACAGUCCAGGAUAAUAAAUGCUCCACCAAGGAAAAAGAGGAGAUAGCCAGGAAAUUGGAAGGAAGCAGUAGUGUCAAUACACAUCUCAUUACAAAGGAGGGCCUUCCUAAAGAACAGUUGUUUUAUAAAUGUGGUGAAUGUGGCAGUUAUUUCAACCCACAUUCAGAUCUUCACCAGCAUCAGAGAACUCACACUGAUGAGAAGCCCUACAAAUGCAAAGAAUGUGGAAAAGCCUUCAGAUAUAACUCAAAACUGUCACGGCACCAGAAAAUCCACACUGGGGAGAAACCGUACUCAUGUAAGGAAUGUGGACAAGCCUUCAGUCAAAAUUCCCAUCUUCUUCAGCAUCAGAAACUCCAUGGUGGAGAGAGGCCCUAUGAAUGUACAGACUGUGGGAAAACCUUCAGCUACAACUCAAAACUGAUUCGCCAUCAGAGAAUCCACACUGGGGAGAAGCCCUUUAAAUGUAAGGAAUGUGGGAAGGCGUUCAGGUGUAGCUAUGAUUGCAUUAUCCAUGAGCGAAUUCACACUGGGGAGAAACCCUUUGAAUGUAAGGAGUGUGGGAAAAGUUAUAGCUCCAAUUCAGUCCUGAUUCAGCAUCAGCGAAUCCACACUGGGGAGAAACCUUAUGAAUGUAAAGAGUGUGGCAAGGCCUUCCAUCGUAGUUCAGUAUUUCUUCAGCACCGGAGGUUCCACACUGGGGAAAAACUCUACAAAUGUGAUGAAUGUUGGAAAACUUUCAGUUGUAGCUCCCGCUUCAUAGUGCAUCAGAGAAUCCACACUGGAGAGAAACCUUAUGAGUGCCAGGAGUGUGGGAAGAUGUUCAAUCAGAAGAUCACCCUGAUUCAGCAUCAGCGAGUUCACACAGGAGAGAAACCUUACACAUGUAAGGAGUGUGGGAAAGCCUUUAAAUGGAGUGCAAGUUUCAUUCAGCAUCAGAGGUUGCAUACCAAGAAGAAACCAGUCCAAGUAACAGGGCCAUCCACAGUAAAGCCCCACUGCCCCUCAGCAGUCCUCUCCUCUCUGCUUCCCCAGCAUGUGUGCUCUGCCCCAGCCCCACCAGGACCUCCCCUGUCUUCUCCACAUGCAGUGCUACUUCCUCCUUCUCUGCCUCUCUUCCUUCUAUUCCCUUCAUCUGAAAUGGCCAGCUCUUCACCUGUCCAAAUAGUGCAUUUUUUUCAGGAUCUUACUUCUCUUGGGAAGUCAUCCCCUUGUAGCCUGAAUCCUUUGUCUCACUCCCCAUGAGCCCCAUCAUGUUCUCAAUUCCCAUUGCUUCUUGAAUUAUUAGGGUUUCCACUGGACUCCUCAUUAUGUCUUUAUUGAUAUUCUUCUCCCCUUGUGUAAGUUAUUACUGUUUUCCCACCUCCCUUUUAAGUUCUCACACUUAAGGACCAUGUUUGAUUACUCUCUUUUAUCUUCUGGGUAAGAAAUGGAAGUAUUUGUUCUUUAUAGUGUCCAGUUUUAGCCUAUACCUUCAGUCUGCAUCUGCUUUCUGUGACUAUUGGAGUUGGAAGAGGUUGCAGAACAUUUUGUGUUUUAGGGGAUAUGGCAUUAUGAUGAGAUGGGCCAUUGUAAUUAGAGAUAAAGGAGAAGUGAAAAGCCCAUGGGAGGAGAUAAUCAGAAAAAGUAUCCAAUGAUUGCUUUCAGGAUUUAAGGAGGGCCAUUUGGCAGGUCAGUGGCAAGGCUCACUGUGGGGAGAAUCUUAGCCUUGGAAUUUUUUAUUACCUUGAUAGUGAACAUUACAAGAGUCUUGUGUAAGUAUGCAAUCAACCAAAUAUUCAGUGAAAAGAUUAUGAAGUGAUGAGUAGGCAUUGACAGCAAUAAUGUAAAAUUAUGUCUUUAAACUUGAUUGGAAGGGGAUGUAGUUUUCUGUUUGGGUUUGUUUGUUUGUUUUUUGUUUUUUCUAUUCCUAUACAUAUUUUUGCUUAAUUUCAAUACCCACUUAAAUAUGAAGGUGCAAAAAGUGACUUGGGCUUGUGAAGUUUAGGGUAGGUGCCUAAGUGUAGUAAUGUCUAAAAUUAUAUACAGAGUGAACUUAGUGGUAUCGCACUGGUAAACAUCAGAGGCGAGGAAAAGAGAACCCAAACCAUAACUUGCUGUAGCUCUUGCUUCAGAAGUGAGUCCAUUCCUGAUGAGUUACUAUACAGAUACUUGGACGUGUUCUCUUACCUACUCUGGAUUCUCCAGUGAUUUAAGUCUAAAUUUGUGAUUGGUAGUACUUUUAAGUAAAUUUUAU